CGGUGUCAGAUCCGGUUCUUGGUCAUCGUCUGCAGUUGACUUUUCUUAUUCUUUUUGCCAGCGAAAUGCAUAAAGAUAAAGGCUGAAUCUUUUUAUUUCAAAAAUCUGUAGUUGAAGUCUCAAAUUCAUCCACAAGUCUUUCCUCUACAGAAAUGUGUCUGAAUUAGUGCUGAUAUAUAAGUUAUCAACCUUCAUCAAAUAUGCUGCCUCCACAUCCCAACGGGUUACAACCGUCCUUGUUUCUUGCAUCUUCUGAUAAUCAUGAGCCAAGAAUGAACUCUGAUCAGAUUCGUGAAUCGCCUGCUGAGAGUGCUAGUUCCUGGCCCGCUAUUGAUGCUGCCGCCCAACUGAAGCUUGAGAAUCAGAAAGCUGAGGAUGGUUAUUACGAGCAGUCUGUCACUCGCGGGCGUUCUAGUGCAAAUAGGAUCUCUCUUCUUGAUAUAGCAAGAGAGCGAGUGGAUAUAAUAUCUGAGCAAAUGCAUUUGCUCCCUAAUGAGUAUUUAGAAGAGCUAAAGGGUAGGCUUCGAGCGAUGCUUGAGGGGAACGGGAGUUCUCAACAAAGAGACGAAUUUAUGGUUUUGCAGAGGCUUGUUCAGAGGAGGUCGGAUUUGACCGCAGAGACAUUGAUUAAAGCUCAUCGGGUUCAGCUGGAAAUUGUUGUUGCUAUUAAAAGUGGAAUUCAAUUUUUCCUGCAUCAAAGUAUGAAUCUUUCUCAGACUGCCCUGAUUGAGGUUUUCGUAUACAAGAGAUGUCGGAAUAUAGCAUGCCAAAGUCAGUUGCCUGCAGAAGAUUGCCUUUGUGAGAUAUGCACCAAUAGAAAGGGAUUCUGCAGCCUUUGCAUGUGUGUUAUCUGUAACAAGUUUGAUUUUGAAGUGAAUACAUGUCGGUGGAUCGGUUGCGACUCCUGCGCUCAUUGGACUCACACGGAUUGUGCAAUUCGUGAUAAACAAGUUGGAACAGGUGCUUCUCCUGUGAAUGGGCUGGGGUCUGCUGAAAUGCAGUUCAGGUGUAGAGCAUGCAACCGCACUUCUGAGCUUUUAGGCUGGGUGAAUGAUGUAUUCCAACACUGUGCUCCAAUGUGGGACAAGGAAUCUUUUCUAAGAGAACUAACUGUUGUAAGUAAGAUAUUUCGACUGAGUGAGAACACAAGAGGGAGGCAGCUUUUUUGGAAGUCUGAGGAGCUCAUUGAAAAACUAAAGGGUGGAGUCGCAGAGACAACUGCUUGCAGGAGUAUAUUAUCUUUUCUCCAAGGUAAAUCUUGUAUCUUGCUCUCUAUUGCUACUGCACCUUCUAGAAAUGAUGCAUAAAAAGGUAGAAUCUAUCAAUGGUGAACCUAACAAUUAAUCAUUUGCUUCUCUUAUGAGAAGUUAGAAAUAUCCUACAUCUGCUUGGUGGACAUCUUUAAUCCCAUAAGUAUCCAUCAAAAGCAUUUAAAACUGCUAAAUGCUUUAUAUCUAAAUGUUGAGGCGUAGUUGUUUGAUUGAUAUGCCUUGGAUCUGAAGCUGUAUCCAAUACUUUCCGUCUUUAGUCUAGGUACCAUGGGAUGAAAUGUGUAACAGUAACUCAUGACAGAGUGUUGACAGAGAGAUUGAAGAAAUGAUUGAUACAUAAAGGAUUCCUUUCAUGCUCCUCCUUUGUUGAUCGCAUCAUCUUUUUUAUCCAGUUCUUAGUUAUUGUUUUGCUUUAGAUAGAUAAUUAACUUUUACAGAAGGGACAUGAAGCAGUACAAUCGUUGAGGACCAGGUUCUUCUAACUUAAAUUGGUAGCGAAAUUGUAAUACGGAAGAAACUUGAAAAACUUUGAAGACUAUUCUAGCAAGGUGUUUCAACUACGAUCUGUAACCCAUAUUAUUAGGUUUAGACUGCCAAAGACCCCACUUUUCUUAGACCAAAAAAAUGCAGGAAAAUUACUUUUUUCUCUACUAGUAUGUUUGUAUUUCUUUUAUAGCUCAAUGUGCCACAAAGCUUUCCCUUCUUCCUCCCGAAUCUUUAAAAGUCUGGUCUAUAACAUACCCAGUAAGCAAAUAAGUAGUUCCUACAUGACCAAAUAUAAAACCAUCAUCCAUAUUCAUUAACUAAGGAACACUGUAAGAAGAGAGUUAGGAAUCUUUCCUGGUUUCCUAUAUAGUAAGCAAAUAAGUAAUUCCUUUUUAGCUUCUGAAGAACCAAAGAACAUUUGAGAGCCUUAAACUCAGAUGAAACUUUUGGGGUGUGCUUGGUACGAAGGAAAAUGUUUUCCUAAAAAAUGAGUGGUUUUAUCACUUAUUUUCCCGUGCUUGGUUGGUGAGUGAAAAACUUUUUCCGGAAAAUAUUUUCUAGUGUUUGUUUAGAGAGUAGAAAAUAUUUUUUAGAAAAAUAAUUUUUUAUGCUACUUUCCUUACCCCCUUCCCCCAAAUACCCAUAUUUUCUGUGCUCCCCCUACCUCCCCUGACGGAAAAUACUCAUUUUGUUGAAAUGAAAGAAAAUAUUUUUUACUAUAUC